AUGGCCAAGAAUGCUGUCACCUUGGUUCUUGAGACCUGCGGUCGGCGGGUGCAAUGGCAAAGAGCCCUCCAAGUGGCACAGGUUGAAGCUCUUGACGUGGCGCAAUGCACCACGGUGCUCAAUAUUUGUGGUCGAGGCUUGCAAUGGCACAUUGCUACAGAGCUUUUCCACCAGCUUCCUGUUCGACGCUUGCGACCCACCGUGGUGACCUACAAUGCGAUGAUCAAUGCUUGUAGUCGACGUUGGGAAGAGGCCAUCUGGUGGUUUUCAGCCCUCGAGAAGCGUGGCGAAGAGCGUAAAGAAGAACGGCCUCAGCCUAGCGUGAUUUCCUACAACAGUCUGAUGACCGUCCUUGGAACCAACAGUCUUUGGGUCCAGGCUCUAUCAGUAUGGCAGCAGAUGAUGCGGGAGGGCCUGCAACCCAGCGUAAUGACCAUCAGCACACUGGGCCGCCAUCUGCGAGGCCCAGGAGCCUUGAGACUGCUGUCACUCUGCAAUGAGGCCGAUGUGAGGCCAGACCUCAUUCUGUGCAAUACUGUGCUGGAAAACUGCCAACGGAUGCUGCGGUGGCAACAAGCCCUUGCUGUGUUGCAGGAGAUGCCAUGGAAGAUUGGCAUCACUCCAGACGAGGUCUCCUACAACACCGCUGUGAACGCUUUGGAGCUGAGCGACGCAUGGUCUACGGCGGUGCAGUUGCUCCGGCAGAUGAGAUGCGAAGAUCUUCAGCCAAGCACUGUGACUUACAAUUCCACCAUGGGCGCUUUGAAGAAAAGCCUCCUUUGGCAGAGGACCAUGAGCCUUUGGCAAGAACUCGCUGAAGAUGGGCACAGACUGAGCGAGGUGACGGGUGACAUCGCAGUGACUGCCUUGAGCUGCAGCCACAGAUGGGCAGCAGCCGUCGCACUGGUCGACUCCCAGCCCGUGGGUGCUGCAGGCUUGGCUUCGGCAUGGCACUCAUGUGAAGCAUUCCAUGAGAGAAGGGCCUUACGGCACGUGCAGCAGCAGCUGCGAAGUAAGGUGAACACCCAGCAUGGAGAGGCCUUGAUGAAGGUGUGGCGACACCAUGAGAUUGCCGUGCUUCUGCAGGGCACAGUGCUUUGGUGGCGAUUCCUUUGGAAGCUCCACAUGCUCCACAUGGGCAAGGCUCAUCCGGACCUCAAGGAUGUUAUCGUGCCCUCGGCGGCAGCCAGGCUUUGGGAGAUGCCCAAACGGGAGGCAAUGGCUCCCCUGGUGUGGCACGGCAUGAGAGGGGCUACAUUGCCGCUGGAGCCAUUCGUGGGGCUGUUGCCGGUUGCUUGCGAGAUCUGCUUGCGCGGCCGAGGCACCCGUGGCGUCUCCAUCUCCUGGGGCCCUGUGAUCCUUUGGGCCGAAGCGGAUCGCGGAUCGAGACCUUGGGCCUGA